GGGUGGCCUUAGUAAUCUGCUUUUUCUGUGUUCGUUGCCUGAUACUAAAAGCUGUGUUGAGGAUGAACCACACUGUAUUCUCCUUCGAUUGUAUGGAGCAAUUCUUCAGUUUUUGUCAUGUCCACUUAAAACUAGGAAUAUAACAUUGGCAGCAAAACAGCGUCAGUGCACCCAAACAUUAAAAUCUGGAUGGUAUCAAACUUAAUGUGCCAAAGCUGACAUGACGUGGCAUGUAUGCUUGCAGUUCUAAUUUUAUAAGAGCACAUUUAUAUUUUUCAAUUUACCAGGGAUUUGCUGUAAGAUACUGUGGUUACCAAAAGGUGUGUUCUCAUAUUUUCUUUCAGUGAAUAUCUCAUUUUAGUUGCUGGGAUUAGAGAGUUGUAAAUGAGAAAAUGGAUGAUUGUUCAAUAGAACACAUAAAUGUAAAUAUCUAUGACAAAGCACUUGCUUUGUGAUCUAGUUUCAUAAAUGAAUGAGACAUGGGAAUGAAGUGGUUGGCUGCCCUUCCACUCAUUACAUUGGUAUGGUUGGAUAUGGAAAGAAAUGUUAAGAAAUUGAUGACCUUUUGAGUAAAAGUACCCACAGAAAAAAAUUAAAAACUAAAUGUGGAAAAUCACAAUUGACACAUGAAGUUGAGCAUGUUCAGAAUCAUGUUACAGCUAGUAUAGAAACUUUAAAUUAGGCUGCGUUACACCAGCAAUUUGUGCCUUUUAUUUGAUUUGGAAGGUUUGAGUUAAAUAUUUAAUUGCCUGUUCCAUAUCAGCAUGAAUUCCUUUGAAAUGCAAAUAGUGGCAAAAUCUAUUAGUUAUGAUCUUCCCUGUUGCCCUUAAUAAUACAUUUAAAAUUAGUUUUAAAUUAAACUUAUUAUUUGGUUUACUGUCAAACAUGAAAAUAACCAUAAGAUGCCCAUAGCUGCUUUUUAUUUUACGAUAUGAUUUUACUAAUCAGCAGAUUUUUAGAUCUUCAGCCUGUAGAAAAUAAACUUUUCAACUAUUUUCCUCACCCACCUCCAUUGGGACUUGUUUAUGUGUUCACAUGGUAAAUUUGAAGGCUACCUCCCUGAGGGAUGAUGGUUGCAUUUUCUUUGUAGAGUCUAAUUUGGAUCCUUGCCAUUACCAACAUGUUUUCCCAAAAUAUUUCUGAAUGGGCAGAUUCAUUUUCAUCUCUUUCAAUCCACAACCCUUCUAAAUUGACUUAUUGCCACCAUACACUACCAUUGGGUUAUUCUGGGUCACUGUUUAAUUCAAUAUUCAAACACCAUUUGAGGUUCAAUCAGCUGAUUCAACAGAGUAUGGGUUUUAACCUUCCUUCACUGUCUUAUUACACCUGACUUAGCAAGCAUCCACAGUUUACAGUGGAAAGUGCUUGAUGUAUUGAUGGAAUAUCAAGCAAUACUGUAAAGGUAUAAAAGGGAGUAGUUUAUACUUUCUAGAAGAUAAAGUAUAUUUGAGGAAUGUGCUGGACAUUAUCAUGCAGAAUUUUAGUUGUGGCCAUUUAUAAAAUUUGAUUUUCUAAUAACUGAAUUUGAUUUGUUUGUGUACAUUAUUCUAAAAACUUGCACAGUGGCUGCAAAAUCACAACCUCCAAUAAUAGUUUUAAAAGCACAUUGAAAAACAAUCACAUAAAAUUGUAAUAAUGCAAUCAUAUCAUGUUUUCAGCUAAUAGCCAAAAAUAUCCAGUAAUUUUGUUAAACAUGUUGAAGCAGCCAAUCGAUACCUACAGAUAGUACAGGUUGAAAUUGACGAGUACGAUUUUGAGUUUGAAACAUAAUCAUCAGUUUUAAUGUGUAACGCAUCUAGUAUUUCUUGUUAAGCCUUCCGAUAGAUUAAUAUUAAGUAUAUUCUCUAGUUGUUUCACACUCAGAGAUGUUCCGUACUAUAAUGUAGCUUCUCAUUGUUUGUCUUCAGGUUUACCUGUUUAAUUUAUUAUUGCCGGCUGAAAACAAUUAGAAAUCGACAACUUGUUUAGAAAUAUUUGAUUUUAAAUAAGUAUAGUGUAUUAUGGAAAUGAGAAGCACAUGCUGCUUCCUCAUGAGUAGCUUUGAAAGUAAAUAGUCACAGGAGCUGCUAAGAGAAGUAAAACGUAUAUAUUAUCCUAAUUUAUAAUGCUUGAUUUAUCAGAGAUUGUGCCAAUGUGUUCCUAACAUCUAUUCUACUAUAUUCCCAUAAAUUCAAUACAAGUUGUUUGCUUCCAGUGGCUUUGGACAAGUGUUUAAACUAGAGAACUUGCAGACGAACACUGAGAAGCUUUCUAAAUAUUUAAUGUUAGGAAACUUCAAUUAUGAAAAUAUACAUCCAUGUGAUGGCUUUGAAAGCACAAAUAAAUAUUUUACUCCUUUAAUUGCUAACAUCUGGAAUAGGAUAGCGAUAGGAGUACUACAGUCUUUGUUCAGGAUGAAAAAGUUAUGUUUUUGUUGAGCACUUGCAGAGGAUUACUGAUUGGGGAAGCGGUGUGAUGAGACUUGAUCCACAGUCCUGAAGGGUGAGUGAGUUAUGUUGCACUGAGGUCCUGUGUUGCUUUUUAUUCCAGAGAUCUCAACUCAGGUAGUAAAUUUUAUAUUAACCCUGUAAUUAUUUAUAUUAUGCAAUGACAAUGAGGAUAGCCAUUUGUUUUGUUUCACACUAUCUAAUGAACAAAGGUUGAGAUAAAGCUUAAAAUCACAGAAUCCAUGUCAAAUCUAUGCAGGAUUAACUGCUUUCAAGUGAAGCACACCUAUUGACCACAUCACUUAAAUUAAGACGGGGAAACUUUACCUUGUACUUCAUCAUUGCCCUGUCUUCCCUCCUGGAAUAAUAUGAAUAUGACAUUAGGUGAUUUUUAGAUCUGAUCAAUGGUUAUACCCCCCCCCCCCCCCCCCCCCCCUCCACCAAAUGAUUUGCUGAUUACCAAGGUCACCACGUGGUCUCUGGCUAUUGGGCAAAGUAUCAGAGGGACUGAUGUUCGGAACCAUUUUAGGAGGAAAAAUUACAAUUCCUUUAUUUUUUUUUAAAUCCUGAAAUUAAGUUUAACAGUCCCACCUGGGGUUGCAAAAAAAAAAAUGAAGCACAUUUGUAUUUAAGAGAUUCCAAUGCAAGGUUAACAAAUGCAGAAAAAAAGUUAAAUUUCUGGAAUUAAUGCGAGACAUGCAGCCAAAAAUACUGAAAUAUGAAAUAUAGGUGUAACAAUGAAGGUAUUGUCACACAAAUGUUGCUUUCUGAAGGCAGGAAUUCAAAAACAUUUGCCAGUUUAAUCUCAAUUUUUUUAAUUAAUAGAAAUAUUGCUGAAAUGCAUCAAUUUGACAUCCCUCUAUUUUGCUGCUGUAUAUUGUAUAAUGAACAUGGGAGUUGUAGAGAUUCAUGCCCCCCAAAAUACAAUAUUGGAUGUCACUGAAUAAAACUAGAAAUGUGUCUGGAAUGAGCAAGACUGACCAUUAAACUUAAUCACUGGUAUUUAGCAUCAUUGAUCUUAGCGUAGCUGAAUAGAAAGUGGGUUGAAUAAUUCAGGUAAAAUAUCACUGUCCAUAAUUAAUUUCUCCUUCCAAAAUUUAUGGAGAGCAAAUUGAAAGACUUUUGUGUAAAUUCUUAUUUCUUUAGUAUCUUGAGGCUGAUGUGCAGUGGAAAAAGGUUGGGCAAUUCUCUUUUUGCUGUUGCCUCAACUAUCAGAGCAUUGAACAUGGUGUUCCAUCAUUCAAAACAGUUACUGUGAUAGUAUGCACAGCUUCUUAUUUUCAAAUUAAACAGUGCAAGUAUUUAAACAAAGAUUAAUCAACUUGGACAAUUUUUGACAUUUUCAGAGUUCAGAACAGUAUGAUAAUGAACAAACUAAGCCUACAUACAAGAUGGAAAUUAUUUUGUAACAAUUUAAUCGUUUACAGAAAAAAAUCGCAAUAUCUUAUUACUUUUUUAUUUGCUUAUGUUGGCAAAGCAUUUUUUAAAAUAAAAUUUGUAUAACUUGAAUUUAAUUUGCUUUAAAAAAAUCUCUGAAUUCAUAUAUAAGACUGAGGCAGCCCCAUCUAAUGUGAAUAUAUGGUAAUAAUUUUUAAACAUAUCUUGUAAAUUGUUAAUACAUUCAGAAUUGUCUUUUGUGCAAAAAGCUAAAUUUUAAACCUCAAUUUAUGGUGAGGCUUUCCAGGAAUGUGUUGUGUGGAGUUGAGUAUGUUACGGGGGGUUCUAUACCACCUUGGCUGUACUUGCAUAUGUUCUUUGCUGCAGGCUUACCCAUGCGAUCGUGCCUUUGCGAUCGUGCCUUGAGCACUCUGGUUUCCAGGUGACAGACACGAUUCACGAUGACCUGUAAUAAAGGGGAGACAAAACAGAAUAACGAGGAAGGAUUUAAUGUUCGGGGAACUGAAGCCAUGGUUUUGGAAAGUGUUAUGUUUGCAAUCUUGGCAGAACGAUCCCUUGGACCAAAGUUAUAUGGAAUCUUUCCUCAGGGUCGUUUGGAACAGUUUAUUGCAAGUCGAAAAUUGGAGACUAGAGAGUUGGCUAUUCCAAGUAUUUCGACAGAAAUAGCAAAAAAGAUGGCCACAUUCCACAGAAUGACAAUGCCGUUUAACAAAGAACCUAAAUGGUUGUUCUGUACUAUGGAGAAAUAUUUGCAGCAAGUGAUGCGAAUUAACUUCACAAAGGAGUCACACAUUGGUGCAUUCCACAAGCUUCUUAGUUACAACCUGCCUCAGGAAAUUGCGAAGCUACGGUCUUUGCUUCAAGCAACUCCUUCACCAAUUGUUUUCUGCCACAACGACUGCCAGGAAGGAAACCUUCUCCUGUUGGAUAAUCCUGAGAACUCUGAUAACAAACUGAUGUUGAUUGACUUUGAAUAUAGUAGCUACAACUUUAGAGGGUUUGAUUUUGGGAAUCAUUUCUGCGAAUGGAUGUAUGACUACAACUGCGAUGAGUAUCCGUUUUUUAUUGCUGACAUCAAGAAAUACCCCACCAAAAUGCAACAGCUCCAUUUUAUUAGAGUUUACAAUGCUGAGCUGCAGAAUGCAUUUGAAGUCUUGGAUGAAAAACAGAUUGCAAAAAUGGAAGAGCAAAUGCUGGAAGAAAUAAAUAGAUAUGCACUUGCAUCUCAUUUCUUUUGGGGCUUAUGGUCUAUUAUUCAAGCUCGGAUUUCAACUAUUGAAUUUGGAUAUUUGGAGUAUGCCAUUGCGAGAUUUGAAACUUACUUUGAACAGAAAAGGCAACUGGGUGUUUGAUUACAAAGCCUAUGGAUGAACCAGUGGUAUGAAGUAAAGACAAAGGCAGAAGAGUAAUUUAACACUGUCAGGGCCAAUUAUGGAAAUCCACAACAAGGUCCAAGCAGAGAUCUGACUGUGGGGAUUUGAUUCAUGUGGGUUGAAGUUUAGAAUAUGGAUCUGUAGAGUAAAAGAAAAAUCAAAUUUAUGGAAUGCAAAAUGUUACGUUUACCUUUUUUAGAGCUGCUUUAUAAAUAGAAUUUCAAAAAGCACAGUAAUAUAAUGUUAAACCAGUACGAAAUAACUAAUCCUUCAACUGGAGUAACUUUAUUUGUUAGAUAUUCAAUGAACAAAAUAUUGGAUAGUGUACAUCAAAAUAUUCUUCCAUCUGGAAAAUCUGACAUGUAUUUUACGAAAGCUUUUUUACAUUACUCUUCUGUUUUUUAGUAAAAAUAUUUUUUGGUUAAGUGAUAUCACAAAUGAGUAACAAGUUGAUUUAUUUGCUGAAGCACUUACCUAUAAAUAUAGAUUGAAACAGUUUAAUCAUUUUAUCUCAUAAUAUUUGGGAAACUAAAGCUACUUAAGUUAAAUUUGUAUAUACAACAUAGUAUCAUUUUGCUUUGUUAAUGAUAACACACUUGUCGAAGGGAGGAAUAGAACUAGAUGCUUUCAGUAAUCUGACUGAUACCUGAGCCAUAUAGGGCAAAAGUACCUUAACCCUAUUAAUGAUUGAAUAGCAAGCAUAGUUAAACAACCAAGUGAGAUUGUUCUUUCAUCGUGUCCUUGAAUCUUCCCAGUCAUCUUCAGAUAAUCUUGCAAUAAGAUGGUCCAAGCUGCUAAUGAACCAGGAUGCCUUUGCAGUGUUCUUCGCUGGUAUUCAUAUUGUUCAGUCAUUUGAACGCUAGAAGUAGUCCUAAACAAACUUGGAUAAGUCUAGUUCUUGGGUAGUACAUCUGUACCUACAUUUAUUUUAAUCUCGAGUAUUGGGAUUAGGGGAUGUGGAGGGAGGGUAUUAUGGAAUCCCAUAUAGAAGGGUGUAGUGGAUUGAGUUUGAUCUCUGAUAUGGGACCAGUUUCUAAUAUGUUGAGUUGAUAUAGUUUUUUAAAACUAUAGUUUACGAUAUCAAAUUGUAGCAGUUUUGAUUUUUCUUUCAUUCUGACGUCAUUACAUCGUGAAGACUAUUUUUGGAGGAAUAUGUUCAAUCUUUACUGUUCCUUUAUAUUCAAUAAUAAUGUGAAUAAACAUAAUAUGAUGUUAUAUCUUCAUUUUUUUUUUUGAAUGAGUUGAAUGUUUGAAUCUUGUAUUAAUUGCAACCGAAUCACUAAAUUAAAUUGACUGUCUUUGAAGUUCAACAUUGACAAGAAUCCAUUAAGGAUGAACAGGCAGGAUUUUGUAAAAGGCAGCUGGUCUGCAGUCUUGCCAAAGUUGAAUUUCCAACCCUGAUGUUGCUUUCUAUCAUCUAUUGAGAUGAUAUCUUUUGCAGUUUCAUCAACACUCUUUAGUUUCCAAGCCCACUAGAUUGUGAAUUUCAAGUUCUGCUGUUGUCAGUUUGCUGUACCUGAGGUCAAGUAAGAGUAACUAAUAUUUAUCAGUAACUUAGUAUUCUAUUAUUGUCUGUAAUUCAAUCGAUGUGCCCACAUGAAGGCAAGUAAGCUAACACCUGAGCCAUUUUCUUUGUCUUGUACAGUAUAAUGUGCAAGUAGUUUGAUUGAGCUCUGAAAUUAAGACCAAAGGCAAGAUUGAUUGGAAUGGGUGGGAAAGUUUACAAAUUAACGUUUAUUUGAUGAGCAUGGAAGCUAUUCAUUGAAUUAUCCAGAGCAAAUUAUUAUAAAUGAAGUUAAUGCAAAUAUAAAGCUAAUCUGUACAUAUAUUUUGUACAUGUUUGAACUUUGUCACCAGAUUAGGGCUUUAAUUCUUCGUACCAAUCGAAUAUCUUACCAAGAUGCAGAUAGAAGCCAGUCCAGUAAAGCUCUAAUUCCUAUUUUUAAAGAGUUUUGUACAACCUAUGUGUUUAAAAUACGGUGUGAAAUGCUAUAGCCAACUUAAACUAUGCCAACAAAAGUUGAAAUGUAAAAUGUUAGUACUGUAUUUCAUGUAUCACUAAAUACAUUUUGGUUUGCAGUUACACUGUUAAUGACAAAAGACAACAAUGUUACCUUUGUGUCAUGCUUCAGCUUUACUGGCUCGGUCCUGCCUUUUUAGUAAGAUAGCGUAAUUGCACUGGUGGAAUUGCAGUAUAAGCAAUCAAAAUUUACCUUGUAUGUUGAGGUAUUGACUUUGUUUAUGACUGUAAAGAAAAUGUGAUGAAUGCUUUUAACUUUAUAAUGCAGUGAUGUGGUGUGAUAUGUUUAUGUUAAUGCCAAAUCAGUUGUAUUUUUGUAAAACGUCAUUGCACAGUUUAUGUAUGGCAUCAAAUCUUUUAAUAAAGCUUUCCUAACAGCAUAAGGAAAUAUGAUUGAAGAGUAUGCACUUGACUUUCUCAGUGUGGCCAAAGAUGAUAUAUCAAGAUAAUGACAAUUUCUGGAUACAAAUGGUUCCAUUUGGAGCAGUGCUUAUGAAUGAUUUGCUUUCAAAAUAAAAUUUCUUAACUGGAUGCAA